AUGGUUUUUAUCGAAGAAAUUGAGGAUGAGAACGCGCCGACUGUGGAGGAACUCAAGGCGCAAAUCGCACAGACCUUGAAGGAGAGAGAAAACCUCUACGUUUCCGACCAGAGCGAGUUCCAAAACAGCCAACAAGAAAUCCGCUUGGCCGACGAUGAAGAGCAGUACGUUGAUAUGGAGGACAUGACGAUCAAGGUAAGAAAAGUAAACAAAGACGAGAAAUUCAAACGGGUGGACGAAGAGCAAGCAGAAAACGAUGACGUAGGGCUCAAACCAGAGGCAGGACCUGGAAUGUCAUUCGAGACUCCGUCAGAUCUGCGGCAAGCAGUUCGAUGCGGUCAGUUCAAAUUCAAACCAACUUCUGGCCUCUGCCCUGGCUAUCAGCAGGCCAAUUUGGCUUUCAUCCCGGACGAGCAUUUCAAUGAUUUCGUCGAGUUCUGCGAAAACAAUCCCGGGCCUCUUCCUCUUCUCCACAAGUCGAAAGAAAAGGGCGAUUUCAACGCAGAGCCCCUUACUUCGGAUUUUUGUGACGCAAGAACAGAUGUUCCAGGCUAUGAAGUGUAUACGGAUGGUUCCCGUGGCGCCGUCCAAAAGUACCUGCUCCCUCCCGCGAGAUAUGAAAAUCUACGACCAUUUUUUCUCGGCUGUUCAUUUGGAUUUGAAUAUGCCCUCCAGCGAAAUGGCGUCCCAGUGCGUAACGUCGAACAAAAGCGUAAUGUUUCCAUGUACCGGACAAAUGUAGAAAUGACUCCCUGCGGUCCAUUCGGAGGUCCAAUGGUUGUUUCCAUGCGAUACAUUCCAAAAGAAAAACUCGCCCUUGCUGCCUCUUGCACCUCGCCCAUUCCAGAGUCCCAUGGCGCCCCGAUUUGGAUAGGCUCGCCAAAAGCAAUUGGCAUUUCUAAUAUUGAGGAACCAGACUAUGGAGAUUCUGUUUUCGCGAAAGAUGGCGACGUUCCAUGUUUUUGGGCUUGCGGCGUCUCAGCAGGAAGCGCGUUAAACUUUGCAAAACUUCCGUUGGCCGCUACUCACGCCCCGGGCAGUAUGCUUGUUAUCGAUGAGGGUCUCUCUGCCCGAGAAAAUGUGGAGCUCAACGUCGUGGAAUACAACCCGAUGGAAGGACACUAUUCACUUCUGACCGCCGAGUCUAGCGAGAAGAUGGAAAUGGUCGAAGCGGCCAUGUGCCGAGAUCCUGGACUUCGUGGCAUCCAACAUUUAAUUCAACCCGGGGACCUGCAAGGAGCCUCGCUCGCACUUUCUCAUGCAAAAUCUGUCCUUAUCACGACGGGUUUCCCAUGCAACCCAGGCAAGUUCCCGUAUGAAAAUGAUGGGCCUAUUGGCGUAGCAGCAUUGUGUGUAACUCUUCUUCGUCUCGGUAAAAAGGUCACAUUCCUUUUGGAUGAGCAGCAAGUAGGCAAGUUCACUAUUCUGCUCGAUGAACUGGCGGAGCAGGACCUGAUCCGAAGACCACUGCCGGAGAUUCUUGUUCCAAAGGACGAGAGUUUGUACACUACAAUGAAGCUGCUCGAACAAGGGGAGUUUGAUUGUUUCGUCGCCUGCGAACGUGCUGGAGCAGGGGACGAUGGCAAGUGCCACAAAAUGAGCGGAGAAACCAUGCCGACUGCCUCUAUUGAUAGAGUUGAAGAUCUCUGGUACCGCGCGCUGGACCUCAAUAUCCCUACGAUCGCUAUCGGCGACGGAGGAAACGAGCUUGGCAUGGGCAAAGUGCAUGACGAAGUUAUCGGCUCAAUUCACAAUGGAGACAUGAUUGCUGCUUCCGCUUCCACCAUGUGGCUUCUUUCAUGCGGUGUUUCAAACUGGGGCUGUUGGGCACUACAACACUGCUUGGCCGUAUUGGAAGCCGAUAGAGUUCAUCAACGAUAUCUUUCAAAGGGUGUCUCUAAGUAUUUGGAAUCAAUGAGGGAACCUUCUUCCUUGAUUUUGACUAAUUCCGAGCAGUACAGGAUCAUGCAAGUCGUUGGCCAACUUGGCUACGUUGAUGGCAUCUCCAACAAACCUGACACUUGCGACAAUCUUCCAUGGGAGGAACACGAGCGAACACACAGUCUCAUGACUGAAUACACUCUUUGA